GGAUUACACUCCAACCUCCAGUCCAGUGGGCUUCUGGCAGCGCCUGGGUUAAACUUCAACAACAUGGCCCCCAUCCGUAACACCACGAACGGAAUGGACAGAGGAGAAAACUGCAGUGGAGUCAAAUCUGACAGAAAGAUGAGGAAACCUCUGGUCGAGAAGAAAAGGAGAGCUCGCAUCAAUGAAAGUUUACAAGAACUCAGAGUUCUCAUCGCUGAUGCAGACUUACAAUCAAAAAUGGAGAAUGCCGAAGUGUUGGAGAUGACAGUGAAACGCGUUGAGAGCAUCUUACAAAACCGAGCUCAAGAGGUGGACGCUGUGAACCGGGAGGCCUGUGAGCGGUUUGCGGCAGGCUACAUUCAGUGUAUGCAUGACGUGCAUACUUUUGUGUCCAACUGUCCUGGAAUCGACCCAACAAUAGCCGCGGAGCUGUUGAACCACCUCCUGGAGAGCAUGCCACUGAACGACGAGGACCGCCUCCGGGUGAUGCUACCGGACAUGGUGGUGGAGUGCCCCGGUAGUAACAGCACUUGGGCAGUGUCUGAGAGCAUGUACACGUCUCUGGUGUCCCCGGCCCCCUCCACCACCUCUAGCGAUGACCUCUGCUCCGACCUGGAUGAGACGGACACAGAGCAAAGUCACGUUUCUUCUUCAGAGGAGGCCGACAACCAGGAUGCGUUAAGCCUGCCCCCUUUAAUUUACCCCAAAUUUGUGUGGAGACCAUGGUAGAAAAUGUGUGAAAGAAGGCCAUGUUUCAAACUGCUGUAAAAGUGAUUUGUUUUGGCGUGGUUUGUGGGGUAACUCUAACACGUCAGAAACACUGCUAAGAUGACAUUUGAAGCUCGUGACAGCCACCUGAGAAGCUCUUUGUGUAAUUAUUGGGAAACUUCAGUUAAUCUUAAAUGUAUUUAAUAAAUAAUGUAUCUAAUUAGAGACUUGUGGGGCUCAUUUGGAAGUGCAUUGGCAUAAAUGGGCCUUUCAUCAGUAAAGUGGUAAAUGCUUGUAAAUAUUACUGUGUUAUGUAAGACUGAGCUAUAUAGACAAUAGCUGUCCCAUUAGAAGUUCAGUUUUGUGUGUAAAUUAUUUUAAAUGUAGGAAGUUUUUAACUUUGUAUUUAUUAGUGAUCGUUAGUAGGCUAACUCACCUGAUAAAUAUCAACUUUUCAAUAAAUAUCUUUUUAAACAAA